AUGGACAUGAACAUGGACAUGGUCUUACUCAAGUUGAAAACGCUCGAGACCCUAUCACAUGAAAUGAUCAACACUAUCCCCUUCAACGUCGUUCCGAGACACUGGCUUCGCCUACAUACGGAUAUUUCACUCUUACGCGUCAUUCAUGACCUAAUUACAGGUCCAGGAGAAGGAACACAUGAAGAAGUUGAAGUCGAAGGGUUCUGGAUGGAAGCUAUUCGUAGACUUGAUAAGGCGAUUAUCAUCGCUGGUGCUAUAGGGAAUGGGAGGAAGAAAUGGGUUCUAGAUCUGAUCAAAAUCACACAAAGCAAGCUAUCUCCUUGGAGGUGUGAUGACGUUGAGGGAUCAAGAAGCAGGGCGAAGCGAUCCAAGAUCGAAUAUGCACCUAUCGAUACAUCUCUUCUUUACGCUCCUAACCCUAUCCUAAUUUUGGAAGAACCCCCAUCCAUCGAAGAGUACCUACAGAAUCACCUGAAUCAUCCAUUCAUCAUUCGCGGCUAUCUCAAGGGGACCUCCUCUUCUCCACCUUGGCCAGCUUGCGAUCGUUGGUCAUCCGCAGAGUAUCUUCUAGACACUGUGGGAAGGGGACGUGUAAUACCAGUCGAAGUAGGGAAGGCGUAUGACGAUGUGAAUUGGACUCAACGAAUCGUCCCUUUCACGGAAUUCUUACAUCGAGCAGGCUUCAAAAUGGACCAGACCGAUGAUGCGAGGCGUGUUACGGGACCGGGAUCACCUCUCUAUCUCGCCCAAUAUGCUUUAUUCGAUCAGUUCCCGGAAUUAGAAAAAGAUAUGUCUUUCCCGGAUUACGUAUGGUCAAAUCCACCACCGCCGGAUGAAACCUCUUCGUACACGUCUCCUCCAAAUGAUGAUGGAUUGAUUGUAAAUGUCUGGGUGGGAAGUGGGAAUAGUGAGAUCAUCAGUCCAGCGCAUACGGACCCGUACUACAACUGCUAUGCUCAGGUACUGGGACGUAAACGUGUUUGGCUCGCUCCUCCUUCCUGUGGACCUCAUAUGCACGCAUAUGGAGAGAAGACAGAAGUCGGUGACGGUCUUGCAGACCAGUACAUGACGAAUACCUCAAAAGUACCGAUUCUCAAGCCGAUAGACGAUUUCAAGAAACUAGAAUCAACCUAUCCAGAAUUUUUUGAUCAUGUAUGGCCGAGAAGUUUAGAAACACUGUUGGAGCCUGGUGAUAUGAUGGUGAUGCCUCCAGGUUGGUGGCAUGCUAUGAGGGCAGAAGGAACAGAUCCCGCAUGGAGUGUAUCGAUGUGGUAUUAA